AUGUCACCACACAAACUCAUGGAGACCGAUAAUGCCCAGCCCACAAAGGGGCGCCACUGGAUCAUGGGCGCCGAGGCCUUUGAGAGGCGGAUGCCGCACCACGAUGGAAUCAAGGCGCUUUGGGAGACCAAGUGGAAGUUUCCUUGCACAAAAAGUCUGUAUCCCUUCCACGACGGUAAAUACGAAGACUUUGAGCCCAUAUUUACCCACCUGAUCGCCAACGACAUCAACGAUGGGACCUCGCCCGAGUACACGCGGGCCUUUUUCCCCAUCGCCGAGGCGCUCGUCGCCCGGGCCGAUGCCGCCACUGCCGGUAGCGCAGAGGCCACGGAGCUGUACCUCCGGGCCUGCGCCGUGUACCGCAUCGCGCGCUUCCCCUAUAUCACGGCUUACCCGCGCGUCAACUGCCCCGUCAAGUGGGAGGCCUGGGAGGCGCAAAAGGCGGCCUACUUGCGCUGCGGCCGAGCCUGGGCGGAGCCGGUCCAGGAGGCCAUGGUGGCGCACACGCACCGCAAGGGCAACGACCGCGACUCCAUCCCGGUCUACGUCAGGGUCCCCAAGACUACGGCAGAGAGCGGUGGACCCUGCCCGGCUGUCAUCCUCAUGACCGGCCUGGAUGGAUACAGGCCCGACAACACAGUGCGCUGCGACGAGUUCCUGGCUAGGGGUUGGGGUGUGGUCGUCGUCGAGAUUCCCGGCACCGCCGACUGCCCUGCCGACUCUGCGGAUCCCGAGAGCCCUGACCGGCUGUGGAGCAGCCUUCUGGACUGGAUGACGGCCUUGAAGGUAUUUGACAUGCGCCGAAUCCUGGUCUGGGGGCUGAGCAGCGGUGGUUACUACGCUAUCAGGAUCGCGCACACCCACAAGGACAGGCUGGUGGGCUCCAUUGCGCAGGGCGCAGGGUGCCAUUACUUUUACGAUCGCGACUGGCUGGAGAAGGCUGAUGGGCAUGAGUAUCCCUUCAAAUUGACGCCGGCCAUGGCUAUGAAGCAUGGUUACGAGUCCGUGGAGGAGUGCAAGGAGGGCGUCCAGAAGAAGUUCUCGCUCCUGGAGACGGGCAUCAUCAACAUGCCAUCCACCAGGCUCUUGCUCGUCAACGGUACGCUGGACGGGCUGAUGCCCAUCGAGGACUCGAUGAUGCUGUUCGAGUACGGCUCGCCAAAGGAGGCGCGCUUCUUUACCGAUGCGUUGCACAUGGGCUACCCCUUGGCCAACGGUGCCGUCUACCCUUGGAUGGAGAGUGUGAUGGCUUCGGUGCAGUGA